UCGGGGCGUGGGUCGUUCGGGCGGCGCGGCGGGGGGGUGGUCGGGGUUUCGAAACACGUUUCGUUCGCCUAUAGACGUACGUGCCGACUUACAGAGUAACGUAUAUUAUACAUUAUACAGAUCUCGACCGAUGGCCAUCACUGCUCCGGUUCGCCGCUGGUAACGCCACCGCCGCCGCCGUCCCUUCCACCACCCACCACCCACCACCCUCCACACGUGUCGGCCGAAAGGCCCGAGAUCGCCGCAUUAUCGGCGGCGUCAUAUCGGUGGUACACGCUGCAGCAGUCCUAACCUUCUCCGGUCUCCACAUCGGUUCGACACCUCGACGGGCAGUGCGCGCGACCAGAUCUUCAGCUGUCUGCACGACGACAUCGACUGUACGCCUUUUAAACGACACCGGCUUUGCUUCGUCCAUUCGGCUACAUUCUGCGCAACGCUCGCCGUCAAAAAAAACCCUUUCAAACGCUCCGACUCCGACUUUGCGUCGCCCGCAGCUGCAGGUUAUACAACAACCACUCGCAUCAUCUUUGGACGGAAAAAGCGAUGAGCGUGCCAAUGGAAUUGGACGAACCCGCGACGGACGCGGUACCGCUGGACUUGACCGUGAAAAAGGACGACAACUGCGCCAACUCGGAAGCGAAGGCGGAACGCGAUGGUCCGGCGAAAUUGACGGAGGACGCGCCGCCGGCCGAGUCGAGCGCUCAGAACGGCGUUAAAUCGACGCCACUGGACUUGAGCGCCGGAAGAGCAUUGCCGCUGCCGCCACCGCCGUCGCAUGUCGCUCAACGUGCUUCAGUGGUGGUGCUUUCGCCGAAGGUGCCGGUGGUCAAAUCAUCGCCACCACUGUCACCAACGAAGCCGCAGCCGCAACGCAAGGUCUACUGGGCACCGGACUCGUCGUCGCCCAUGAUGGCCACUGAACACUUGGCGCCACUGAAUGGGAUGUAUGCCGACGCUGCCGCUUACCGGCACAUGAUCUCGUCCACAGCCGUCCCCGAGUACAACCCGUUCCUGCCAGUUCUUCCGACGUCUGCGGCCACUCAGUUUCACCAUCACAACAGCAUCCAACACCAGCAGCAACAACUGCACAUGCAACAGCAGCAUCAUAUCCAGCUGCAGCAGCAGCUCCAGUUGCAGCUGCAGAUGCAGCAACAACACAACCAGGAACAGCAGCAGAAACUCCACAAGCAAACGCUCCAGCUGCAAGCCGCGUACGGCGGUCUCCCGCUUGACCCUGCGUUGAUGUUGUCCGGCAGCCCAGUGUACACGGCCACGUCGUCGCCGUCCUCGUCCGAGUCCAACCACUUCCCGUUCGGCGGAUUCGACUGCAGCUUUUCCAAGCCAGCCUACGGUUUCGGUUACCCUUACUACGACAGGAUGCUCGACGGCAGAGUUACCGGUGGGGCGUACGGAGGCGCAGACAUCAGCGCCAGCCGGUCUGACUGUCCGUCGCCUGAGUCAACGACCACGUGCACGACGACUACUGACGACCAUCAUCUUUUCCAUCACCAUCACCAACAGCAGCGGGACCUUGACCGAGAGCACCGCCGCCGCAUCAAUGCGCGCGCAACGGACGACAUGGACGUCGUGGACCCCGAGGAGGUGGCAGCCAUAUACAGACAUUCGGACUUCUUGUCGUUCCGUCACCGGUACAUAGAGAGCUUGGGGCCGCCGAGGAACUUCGAGAAAAUGAGGCGGUCCAACAACAACAACAACAACAACAACAACAACAGCAGCAGCAGCAGCAACAACAACGACGACGACCACGGGUUGACGCACGGGCAGCAGCAGUACGACCAGUCGUACGUCAUGAAGCGGCAGAAGAACAACGAGGCGGCUAAACGGUCGAGGGACGCCAAGAGGCAGAAGUACAUCGAAAACCAGAUCAGCGUCAUGUACCUGACCAAGAAGGAAUGGCUAUUUAUGAUCCUCGAGAAUUUACACGACGACUUGGACUCGGCUCGUAUCCGGAACAUGGCGCUAAGUCAAAUGCUGAUGGACAUCGAAAGUAGCAAACUGCGUACUCCGUUCAACGAGAGACCGUCCUGCCGAGCUUACGCCGAGCUCGUCGAUUGGUUGAAGACCGUGUUGAAUCAAAACUCGUCCUUGGAAAAAGGAGAAGGCGAAUUGGACGAGGAACCUGAACCCGAAAACCGUGACAUGGUAGUUACUGAAUUUGAAAAUUUGGUUUCUUCUGACAAUCGAACCUAUGUGGCUAUCCGCACUUUGCCGAAUAGUGGUGGUGUGUUUGGUUACAUAGCUAUUACAAUGGGCGAUGGAGUUGAACCACAAUGGCUGGACUGCAAUGGCAAGCCGAUAUGUACACCGGUGCCAUUUAAUUUGAGGGUUGAAGAAGUUAAGACAGAUGUCGAGCUAGAAUGUUUGGUGUACGAUGAGACGGACGCCAAACAGGUGUGGAUGGUUUUGAACAACAGGAAAUCAAUAUGUCUGAGAAACGAAUUUUAUGAUUUCUACAAAACGCUGUACGAAAGCGUCCAACAAGAAAUGGUGGCUGAAGCAGAUACGUGUGUGAUCCGAAAAUGUUCUCAUCCGUUCAUAAAUAAGUUACUUGAAUACCUCGUGGUCGACUUGAAAGCUAUUGGUAUGACUGAUCUCCAAGUAUUUAAUAGAAUCAAGUUGCUUUCCAUAUUGAAAAAGCAAAUCAAAUCUGUAAUAUGUGAAAUAGAGAAACGGACUGACAAUCUGGAAACCGCGUGGAAGUUCUCGACGAUUUCGCCUAUGGAUCCAUUACCAUCGAAGUGUUGUUAUGACUUUAUAUCCUCCGCUCUUUGGAAUGAAUUACACCAACAACGACCCGAAACUAAGUAUAUAAAUAUACUGUCGUAUCAAUAUCCGCAAUAUUUUUUACCAAAAUAUUUUUGUGUGUUAAUGAACCAAAAGAAAAAGACAUUAAACAAUAUCUCUCGUAAAUAUUGUAAGUUAUUAGAUGAAAUGUUCGAUGACUUGGGAGCUUCUAUUUUGGAAAAUAUGAUGAAGUAUAAAGAAGCACAUUGGGAAUGGCAUGUUGCCCAAGAAGUUAUCGAUGCUUACAACAAAGAAAAGGCUUUUAAAGACAGUUUGUGUGCGGCUGAAAAUUCUAACGAUGAUUCGACAGAAUCAUUCAUAACAGUUAUUUUAAACGAGAUAAACAUGUCGCAUCUGAAAUUAAAAUCAACAAUGAAAAAGAAUAAUCAAUUGGCAGACCAGUUAACCGAACUGAGAAAUGAAAUAUUGGAAAAAGAACGAAUGUACAGACGAGUGUUAAUCCAAAUCGAAGAACAAAUGGAUAGAUUGAGAAAACAAAUCAACAUCGAAAAACGCGAUAUAAUAACAAGAGAAAUUACUAUUAAAGAGCUCCAAAGAAAACGUAAAGAACUAUUAAAAUAAACUCAUAGUCGAUACUUCUUUGCGUUUUCUCCAAAGCUCAAUAAAAAGUAGGCAAACAAUAGUUUUUUCUCAAGUAAUUACCUAAAUCUCGUUUUUCGAUGUUGUUUUCUAAAAUCAAAUAUUUUAUCGAUUGGCCCAAAAAUUGUAUUUGCUUUGUUAAAAAAAAUAAAUGUUUCAAACCUAAAUCAAUCAAUUAAUAUAAUUCAGUAAACUAUAAGAUACAAUUAAAUUAAACAAGUUACAACCUUUUCCAAAACAUUUUGUA